UCCCUUAAACCCAUAGCUGAUUGCCACACUGUGCAAUCGCAAGCUUCUUCCAAACCUCAUCGAGAAAAUGUCAAAGCUCAGACUUCUCGGAACCGCACUGAGAUCGAACUUUACGGUUCGAACGGUUAGGGCAAACCAGGGCCUCCCGUUUCUUCUUCGCGAUUCGCCGAGACGGUUCUCGACCGAAUCGGAGCAGUCGCCCCAGGAUUCGGCGGUUGAUCAGUUUCUUCAAACCCCAGACACAGGUUUGGUCUACGGGAAGUUGUUGGGAGUUACAAGGCAUACACUGAAGACAGACGUUGUCAACAUGCUUGAGGGGUGCAAGUUAACUCUGGAUGAUCUGAAAAUCGAUUACAACCGGAGCUUUAUGCCUAUGGGAAUGAUGGUGCAAUUUCCUUCCCGUUAUGCCUUUGAUCAAGCUAUGAGGAUGGUCACAAAGAAGGGUCGAUUGUACAAACUGGAGAGGGCUUCUCGUUCUCAGUGGGAUUCACUUACGCCCUAUAAUGGAAAAACCGUUUUACUGCAUGGACUCCCUCGAAAUGCUGUUCCUUAUGAUGUGGAACGAUUCCUGACUGGCUGUGAACAUGACUCAGCCAUUGAGUUAUUUCUAAGAGCUGGAUCCCCAGAUCCCAUUAAAAUGGCAUUGGUACGCUUUUCUUCACAGAUUGAAGCAAUGAAUGCAUUCAUCAAGAAGAAUAGAGGCUUCUGUCUCAAUAAUCAAAUCUUGGUGCGGGUUCUCCAGUAAUAGUUUUGCGUCCCUUGCCUGGCUUCCAUAUCUUGGGGGAGGGUAGAAUUUGUAAUACUAACUAAACUUGCACUGAUUAUGUGCCUGAACAUAGAUAGGAAAUUUCCCAUUUUAUAAGAGGCAUUUUUAUGGCAUCUUGGAAUUCAAUUUUAAUGUUUUGGAAGCAUGUUGCUUUAUGUUCUCUCUUCAGUUAAAGUAGGUAAUGAAGGGGAGGGCAGAGCAAACCUCCUGCUAAGUUAGCUAACACAGCCGAGGGGGCUGGUAUGAAAACAGGCGUUGAUGUAGAACUCUGAAGAACUCAAUAGCUGUAUGCAAAAUUGACUUGAAGUGUGGGCAACCAUUUUUUUCCUUGUAAUAAAUAUGGUUUCAUUCUGUCA